UCUUGGCCUCCUUCCGCUCUCAGCUGAGGCUCCUGCCCUGUGCUCUCCUGGCAGGCAGGCCCGGGAGAGCACCUCUGAAGGGGCAGAGGGGCGCAGGCUGACUGUUGCCAGGGAGGCCCCUGCAGGCGGGCACAGGGACGGAGGCAGAGAGAUACUCUGGGAGCCGGUGGCCAGAGAAGGCACCACGAGAGGCGGAGGUGACACCCGAGCGGGGUACAGCAGCAAACUCGUGGAGCCUGCGGAGAGCAAGCCCAACUCCAGGGGAGCUGCGAGGGCACAGGUGCCUUCAAGAUGCCUUUGACUCCAGUACAGCCUUCUGCGCACAUGGAGCCCUCUGUGUCGGAGCCGCUUUCCUGGCCUCUGCUGCCCUGCGGGCCCUGUGUCCCCAUCAUGCUGGCCCUGGCCUCCCUAGCUGCCCUCUUCCUGGUAACUACAGCUGUGUUGGCUGAACGCCUGUUUCGCCGCUCUCUGCGCCCAGACCGCAGGAGCUACGCACCCACCCUAGUCUGGCGCCCUGGAGGAGAGCUGUGGAUUGAGCCCACGGGCACUGCCCGAGAGCGCUUUGAGGACUGGUAUGGUUCUGCCGUGCCCCUGCUGAUGGACCGGGCCCCAGACCCUGCCACACCCCAGGGCACCUUAGAAGCCCGAGCAACAGCCCCACCUGCCCCUUUAGUCCCACACUCCCCUCCCAGUUCCUUGGUCUCCCAGACCCCACCUCAGGCUCCAGCCCCACACUCUCCUCCCAGCUCCCUGGUCCCCCAGACCCCAUCCCAGGCUCCAGCCUACAGCACCUUCUGGGAGGAGAGGGCCCAGGCCCCAGGCCUGGUAAGCUGGGCUGAGCCUGAACAGAGGCCAGAAGUCAUAACAUAUUUGGGGAACCCCCAGACCCGGAGGCAGCAGCCAGGAAGCCCUGAUCCUGAGUGGCGCCUCCAGCCUCGGGUCACUCUGGAGCAGAUCUCAGCUUUCUGGAGGCGCGAAGAUCGGACGACUGUGGGGUUCUGAAUCCCCAGGGCCUGGAGGACUGGUCUCCCAGAGACCCCUGAAGAAGGCCUUACCUCAGAGGGUCCCUCUGAGACCUUAAGACCCUGAGGUUCCUGCCUAUGAACCCAAGCUGAUACCUGAGGCCCCACAAAGAAAAAUGCCCCUCCCAGGACUUUUAUGUCUGGAUUUCAAUUUCCCAGUCUGGGUCUGGACAGUCUGGGUGUGGAUGGAGCCUGUGCUGCUGGAGAGACCAGAGGGGCUUCUGCUUGACUGCUGGGGUUGUGUGCAGAGAACUGGAGGUAGGACCAACUCUGGCCAGAAGCCUCCAAGAUCUCACUCCAUGUUAAAACUUGAGACACCAGACAGGAAGGAAAUGGCAUCAAUGCAGCAGCUUCCACCUUCCUUCAGCAUGCUCUAAGAUACCUGUGUCAGAGUGAAGGGGUCCCCAUGGCUGCCAAAGCACAGAUGAGUGGGGGAAGAUGAGUGUCAGUCUUGCUAACAGAUGACAGGAUGCCAGCUUCCCAGAGCCUCCAGAAAAACAUAAAAACCAGGCCAAGGAGCAUUUUAUUGCAUAUGAACUGUGACUUUGACCCCCUACUCACAACAGGGAAUCUUGUGAGCCAAGCUAGAGAGGCCCUCCUGUGCCUGCAGGUGGGACCUCCAGUCAACAAAGACCAAAGGGCAGCCUGUCCUAUUAAGGCCAACAUCUCUCAGCCCUCUGAAUCUUACCCUCCAGGGUGAGGCAGGCCCAUGCCAGGGAGAUCUGAGUUUGAUCCACUGUGGCAAAGAACACUGUCACAGGGCAAGGCAGCUCCCCAAAUGCAGCCUCUGGCCAUCUUCCCUCCCAACUUGCUGGAGCAGUCCAGAGAAAGAUUAGCCCCAGGACUGGAUUACUUACAAUGCUUCAACCAUAGAAAUGGAGCACCAAAAUGUCCUUGGCCCUAUAGCAAGCCAUCUGUAUCAGUUGACCUCUCUUUUGGGAGAAGAGCCAGGGGUUGGGGAGAAGGGAAGAAGUUUCCAUUCCUCAGGAGUCUGAUUUCCCAAACUUAAGUCAUGAAUAUUAGGAUUUCUGCCAUAUCAAUUUAACACCUGUAGUAUUAUUUACUUUGUAUUCUUCUUUAAGUUGGUUUACUAUUUGCUUAAUAAACUUAUUUUAAAAGCAA